GAGUAUCUCUGGUAGAAGGAAGUAGACAGUUAGAUAGCAACAGCAUCAGACUACCCGUAUCCAGCAGAAAUCAGUUCUCUCUCGCGACUCUGCAUACAUCGGGUGGAACGACGAACAAGUUGGGGGAAAAUAUAAAUUAAACAUGUACUUAAAACUUGUUUACGUUACAUUAGUCCUCGCCUUGGUAACUGCAACAAUAGUUGCGAACGUAGAUGAUGGAUGUGCUGAACUCGCUUGUGAAUCUUGUGUCGGUGACUGUCAAUGGUUGAACUGCACAUUUAGAGAAACUCCAACGGUUUCCUGUGUCAACAUCACGUCCAUAAACGGUCAGAACAUGACCGUGGGCACCUGCUCUAAUGAAACUUGCUCCGUUGUAACUGACAUCCCUGCCCCAGCCACAAUCUCCCACUCUCCUACCACUGCUGUUCCAGUUACCCCUACGGCCAAUGCAACUAACAGCAGCACCGCUGAGCCCGAGCCCACCGCAGCUGACCUGACCACUGUAGUACCAACUUCCCAGCCCGCCACUAACGGCACCUUCCCAGUCUCUGCCGCAACGCAAGCUUCAAAUGUCAGUGUCACCACCGCAUCACCUGUGGGGCCCUCUCCAGCGCCUCAUAAGAAUUCCACAUUUGACGCAGCGAGCUUCAUUGGGGGCAUAGUGCUGGUCCUGGGCCUGCAGGCCGUGGUCUUCUUCCUCUACAAGUUCUGCAAGUCCAAGGACCGCAACUACCACACCCUCUGAAGAACCCACUCCACCUCCACAAUACCUACUCUGGGGCCCACUAUGAACACCCUAACCCCUGGCCAUUAUGAUUAUCAGUGUUUCCAAUCAGUGUUUCUCCCAAAAGCCUAAUGCCAUUGCGUUACCAACCUGUGGUUUAGGCCUGUAGCUUAAAUACACACAAGGUUAUAAACUGUACACGCCCACAAGUGCGGCACAUCUUUUACUGUACGUAGUUCGCUACACAUUUCUCACACCCUGGUGCAGCUGAAGUGAACUCCAGCGCAGUGGCAUUUGAGCCUUCAACAGAGGGUUACAUCACUAUGGAUUCCCCGUCUCUCAUCCCCUCUUCUCGCUCUCCACCCCACCCUCUCUCUCGUUC